CUACGUUCAAGUCCCUGUUUAUUGUUACUGUGGCGGACGAUACCUCGUUUUCCAUUGUCUCAAGUUGCGGCCGUGGCGGUGCCGAGUCGUCAGGUUAUCAGCUAUCGCAUCUUGCCAUCCAACCCAAAUCUGACGGCGAGAUGGCUUGAUGUUUUUGCGGGAAUGUGGAGGACAUGACCGCACUCGAGCUCCUGUUUUUUUUCCCGCCUUGCUUUUGCAAUUCGCAAGUGUUGAUGCCAAAUGGGGGUCGCCGCCGGGCAUCUCCCGCAAAGACUGGGGACCCAAUGUCGACUAGUCCUUGCCAUGUGUUCGUCCGUCCGGCCAUGGCAGAUUCAGGGAUGGCCACCAUCUGAGCCAUCCUGGCUGGGCAUGGAAGAAUCUCCCGAUGAGGCCACAAGGCUACAAUCCAGACGAGAUUAAAGGAGAAGUUUUCCGCCUUUGUUGAUGGUGAGGUUUCUUAGAUCUGCUUGGUUAUCUUCAUCCAUCUUCAUCACAAUACCACAAGUGUUACAUCCAUCUACUCCAUUUAUAACCAACUUCAUCACCAAAUCAUCGUGAGACCUCACAUAUAUCACCGCCACCAUGUCUUCCACCACUUGCAGAAAAAGCAUCGACAGCACAAUGUCCCACUUCACACUAAGCAUGGGCAAGGCCUCGGUCCAAAACAACGUCUCCCUCUGGACAACCCUCUCCCAAUGCUACGCCGAAAUCGCAAAGACCUUCGCCAUCCAAGACGCGGAAGGCAUCCUCUCCACCCCAGACAGCAUCUCCAAGGUCGUCCACGCAACCUUUGACCACGACGUCCACGGCCUCAUCGAGCAGCACUCCUCCUCCAUGGCCAGCUACCUCGACGACGCCACAAAGGCGCACAUGCUCGCCCAGGCCAUCGCCGGCAUGGUCGCCUUCUUCCAGAAGCUCGCCGCGCAUCACCAGGGCCCCGUCACGCAGGCCAGCUUCGACCGCGAGGUCCAGCGGUUCGCAGAGUGCGAGCUCCGCUCCGCCAUGAUUCGCACCAUUGAGGAGAGCCGCAUCUUUGGGCGCUGUUACACGACGAGCCAGAUUGCCGACCUCAUCAUGGGCGCCGUCGAGGGGAAAGUCAACGACGCGGAGUUCACGUCCGAGGACGAGUACCAGAACGCCAUUGGCUGGGCGACCGAGUUGCCCGCGCGCAACAUGGGUUUGCCGUGGGGCUUUUCCAUCAUGGCCCUCAACUAGAAGGCUAGGAUGGCGCAGAUGAUCAUGACUGCUAUAAUGAAACGUUUUGGGAUCUCGCGUGGCGAGGGUAUCGCCGCCGGGAUAGGGUCGCAUUAGCAUGGCGUUUUUGUAAAGGAAUCUUAUCGGAGCAUUGCUGGGUAUAGUUCAUAGUCCUAGUAGCUUUUUAAUUGUAUCACCACUCUCAUCAGACCUUC